ACCAAUAUGAUGAGUUUGUCAAAAAUUUCUUUAAAGUGCAGCAAAUCGGAUUUGUUCCAAUUUUCGAAUAUCGAUGGAAAUUACUGCUUGAAAAGUAUAAUAAUGUGAAUGUAGUUAAUUAUUUGCAGCGGCUUUACAAUAAUAAAGAAUCAUGGGCCAAAGCAUUCGUACUCAAACUAUUUACAGCGGGAAUGUCAUCGACAUCUCGAGUCGAAAGCUAUAAUUCAAAACUUAAAAGGCUAAUUUUUAAUUCUAAUACAACAAUAUUAGAGCUUGUAGACAAGUUAACGGCUUGCGUUCUUGAGGAAGAUAAAAAAACAGAUUAUGCUUUAUUUCGUGCAUCAAUUCCUAAAGCUGCCUUAGUUGCGACAGCCAGUACUAUUCUUCCAAACGUUUGUGAAAUGUUGCGAAAGCAUUUAACUGUGGAAAUAUUAAAGAUUCAGGAGGAUCAAAUAAAACAAUCGCUGCAAUAUCAUGCUGUAAUAGUAACACAAAGUGAAUUACAAAGAUAUCAUGCAUCACGAUGGUUUAAUAAAACUAGCAAUAACUCAGAGCAAGAACCAUUUCUAAUUGCACAAAAAUUUGAGACAGAACAGUCAGUAAAAAUAAGUUGUAGAAAUUCAGUCCCUUAUCUUAAUGCUUUAGUUCAAGAUACUACGUAUGAAGUGCAAAAUAGAAAUCGUAAAAUUGUGGAUGAACGUAAACUAUAUAGAGAGGCAUGGGGUAAAGCAAGAGCAGCUUUAAUGGUGGCUGUUCGCCGAUAUGAUUACAAUUUUAUUAAGAUCCUCGACAAAUAUUUGGAUAAUUGUCAGGAAGAAAUAUCUUCUAAUAGUGAUAGCAAUAGUAAUGAUAGUGAGAUAGAUUCAAAUAAUGAAGUUGAGUCAGAUAGUAUAUCCAAAAAAGGAAUGAUAGAUCCAAAAGAGUUAGUAAAUCCUCGUAAACGUAAAGGAAAAGGAUGGCCGAAGGGUACAGAUAGAAUGCGGCGUGCAAAUGAGCCACCAAAAAGAGCAAAACGCAAACUACAUUGUAAAAUUUGUGGAGGUGUUGGUCAUAAUCGAGCAACUUGUUCUCAAAGACAAAAAUAA